AUGUGCGAAGGGCGAGGCGACAACUACGAGGGCGUGAGCACCGACCGCCUCAGACUGGAGCUUCUGGAGGAAAUCCACUUGAAGGAUAUCGUGCAGCUCUCCAUGCUUGAAGUGAAGCACAAGAUAACGGAACUGGAGGCCAGACUCUGUGCCGACAGUGAAGGAGGUGAAUGGAAGACCCGGUACGAGACACAACUUGAACUGAACAAUGAGCUGGAAAAGCAGAUUGUGUCUCUGGAACAGAAAAUGGACAAAAUCCGCGGCAGCCCCUCAGACAGACUCUCUCCAAUCCGCGCCUAUGAACGGAUGCCAGUGGAGUCCUUGACCGCGUUGCUGAAGCAGCUAGAGAAGGAGAAGCGGAGCCUGGAGACCCAGGUGAAAGACUACGUGGUCCGACUGGAGCAGGAGUCGAAGGCUUACCACAAGACCAACAGUGAGCGUCGCAUGUACCUAGCUGAAAUGUCACAGGUAACUGGCUCCCAUCCGGGCUCUAGAAGGCAGAUGGAGCAACUGCCCAGAGUGAAGGAGAAUGUGAUGAAAACGCUGUUGUUCAAACAGAACUGGGGGCCACUUAAAGUGAAAGUUGACCUCUUGUUGGUUGGCGAUGUCGCCGUGGUGAGCCUGGCCAACGCUGUGCAGAGGUUAUUCUCAAACGUGACAGACGUCACUGUCACCGUGAGUGGUGUGAAGAGGGUGGCGGCAUUUCUGGAUGAUGGCGUGUUCAACGCGGUGUUGCUGAAGAUGACCCCCUUCCCGACUGCUGAGGAGCUGGACGCCAUCAAAUUCAUCCGACUUGCCAAGAAGAAAAAGACACAUUUGCUGUUUGUUCUCGUACUUCCUGCAAAUUUUGAAGAUUGUAUUUCAGGGCACGGAGCAGAUAUCAUCUUAACUGAACCCGUGACGAUAGACAAAAUGAGUAUUCUGGUGAAUUACUGGAAAACGUUUUUUCCAAGACCCGUUACGAAUGAGAGUGCAGCGGGGCUGGAAGAUCCUGGAUUGCAGACGUCGUGCAGCGAACAGCCUGGACAUUUGUCUGCCAGUCUUAGCACUAGCUCCAAAUCUCUAGAUGACAUUGAGCUUGAAUUAAAGGGUCCGUUAUCUGAUCUCCAGAAAUGCCAAAAGAGUUCUCUUCAUUCAAACAAGGAAAAGCUGAGAAGGGAACGGAUCAAAGAGUGCUGUGAGCAGCUGCGUACCCUCCUGCCACAGAGGACGGGGAGGAAGGAUGAUAUGGCUUCUGUUCUCGAGGCGACAGUCGACUACGUCAAGUGUGUCCGGGAGAAAAUCCCUCCGGUCGUUAUGAGUCAGAUUACAGAAGUACUUCGGAGCAGUAAGAGGUUCUGUAAGAAGCAGCCAGCAGCUUCCGUGCCGAGCGCAGCGGCGGUGCGCAGAAAAAGGAGCACGCGGAGGAACACUCGCUCAUCUGUGAUGGAGCUCCGACACCUGGCCGGCCGCUUGGGCUCCGUGUCUACAGAUGCCGCCGGUGGGACAUACAAGCACGUGGCACCCAGUGCUGCUCACCUGCUCAGCUCCUUGUCUGCCAGAUGCUCUUCGGAUGGGGCCCCUUCUGAAGCCGCGGCCAUAGCAAGCCCGAACAUCCAGAGCCACGUCCCAUCCGUUGUGCCCAAGGCCUCCAAGCUUCUCCUGCAGCCCUGCAAUUCUGUGCUGGGCCAGACCCGUGCCACGCGUCCUGACUGCCCAGUGAGCCUCCCUGGGCCCGGGGGCAGACUCAGUGCUCUCGCCCUGUCUUCAGGGGCCCCUCCCUUGAGUGUUGUUGCUCAUACUGUGGCCUCGAGCCUCUUCGGCUGGGACCCAGGGGCUGUGCUGGCUCCUGAGUCCUCCUCCUCUGUGAACCCUGGAACCAGGUUUAAGUAA